AUGGCUGAAAACUCUGCAACAAAUGUACGGCGGAGCAUGAGGCUAAAAAACACCCCUGGACUGGAGAGUCCUGGAUCUGCCUUACGACACAGACUCAAGAAGAAGCUCCAUGAGAGUGCCUCCUCGUCACCCCUUCCUUCACCUAAACGGCCGAGGUCAGCGGUGGCAAAUACGAAGCCUCCUGUCACAGCCCCGUCCCCAGUGUAUGACGAGGACAUGACCACUCGUGGUCUGCUCAGGGGGAUCAUUCAGAUGGAGACUGAAGCAUCGCUGCUGAUGUCGGGUCAGCCUGCACUUCAAAAAUCAGAGCCGAAUCCAGCCGAGUCCAGUGCUGGAGAGAGAACUGAAGGUCUGUCUGGAGUAGAGCUGUCUGACCUGACUCUGAACACUGAACCCCUGACGCAUGUGGUCAGAGGACUGAGCCGCAAGAAACCACAGCACGCCUUCAGUGUGUCAGCGUUCGAGGAACAGUUCAAUCAACUGCCAGACAACACAGAGGACACCUCGCAUGUCUUUCAUAAAGGUGAUGUCUCUCAGGCGAAAGGAGAUGCUUCUCAAGAUUUAGAUCUGUCUUCUGGCUCAAAAAGUGGGCUGAACCUGACCUUGAAGACCCCAUUUGUAGAGAAGCGCAUUGAGAGGGCGGGGCUUCAGAGGAAGGUGUCCAAUCGGAGGCUGCAGUCUGUGGAUGCAUUUGAUGAGGCCGUUCAGAGAUGCCUGGAGCAGGGUCCUAACCAAGAGCACUCUGUAUUUCAGGAUGGAAAAACUCUAGAAGAUUCUUCCUGGCAGAAGUUCACUCUCGGCCUCAGUGAUGUCACAGAGCUUUAUGUCCAGUCUAAAAAAGAUGACACAAUGGGACCUUCUGCAGAGAACGAGAGAGAACAUGAGCCCGAGAGAGCCAGUGAUAUUCCUGACUCCGAACCUUUAAUUCAAGAAGAAAAAGAUCAUGAGAUGGAAUCACAGGAUGAGGAAGAGGUGGUGCCUUCAUCCCAAGAUGAUGUGUAUGUGAGUGCAGAAGAUGAUAUUGUACUUGCUCCAACGCAGGCGAUGACAGAAUCACUUCCUAAAUCUCAUGACGCGGAGCUACAAGAUCGAGAAUUUGUGGAGGAAGUUGAGAUUGGGAACGUUGUGGAAACUGAGGAUCAGGAAGUUUUGGAAAUUGAGGAUGACAGCGUUGAGGAAGUCGAGGAUGAGAGCGCUGAGGAAGUCGAGGAUGAGAGCGCUGAGGAAGUCGAGGAUGAGAGCGCUGAGGAAGUCGAGGAUGAGAGCGCUGAGGAAGUCGAGGAUGAGAACGCUGAGGAAGUCGAGGAUGAGGAGGUUGUUGAAGCUGAACAUGAAAAUAUUGACACCUCACAGUAUCUAGAGCGAAUAACUCGUAGAGCUCACCGCUCAGAGGGAGGAGGUGCUGUCUUGGGAAUUCCAGGCACCACGAGAGUCACAAAGAGUUUUGGAGCUGGAUUGAACCCCAGAGAGAAAGAUCUUUUGGAUUUUGUCGAUGAGGGCAGAGAGCGUUUACAGGACAUUCUAGAUGAAGAAAGAGAACCACUGGGCAGCCCUGAGUUUCCUCAGCUACACCCUGCAGCAGAGCUCAGCACACCAGAGCAGAGGUCACAGCAACAUGAGGCUAGUCUGGCUGAAGAAGAUGUGCCAGAGCUUGCAGAAGAUAAUGACGCCCAAGAAGAACCGAACCAAUCAGAGGAGGAGCUGAUGGACUCUGAACCAGCCAAUCACAGCCCUGAAUUUCCACAGGAUGUGGAAGAAGAGGAGGAAGAGGACGAUGAUGACGAUGCUCUUAGUGCAGAAUUGUCCAUGAAAACUCCUGCGUUUGUAAGACAGAAAAGAGUUUUUGCAAGUCGUACUGCGCAGACUACGCCAACUGUCCUUAAAGAAGUGAACGCUGGUCCUGCCCCUCAGGUUGCCAAACGAGCCCCCAGACAGAAGCGUCAGACGGGGGUCGAUGUUCUUCCCAAGAGUUACGUCAUGAGCGUGUUCAAGCACUUCGCCAAGACCAAGGUGGCCAGUGAUGUCUACCCUGCUAUUAAUGAAAUUCUUAAGAAGUACUUUGAACGGCUAGCAGACGAUCUGGAAGCAUAUGCUACUCAUGCCAAACGUAAAACUAUUGAGGUUGAAGAUUUUGAGCUCCUCAUGAGAAGGCAGGGCUUUGUGACAGACACCACGCCUGUGAAUAUACUGAUAGAGAAAUAUCUUCCAAUGGAGUAUCGGAAACUUCUCAUCCCAGUGGCCACCAGCGGAAACAAAGUCAUCCCAAAUCAAAGAAGGUGAACAUGCAGAUGUGACGUCCUCCUUAAACACUGCAGGUGGCUACGCAUAUCUGCAUGUGUUCUUGUAAAUAUGUUCAAAACAAUAAAUGCCUUGAUUUGUAAAUAAGGAUUUGUGUAAUAUAUAUCUGCUAUUUGUUUUAUGCAGCACAAUUAAAAAAUAUGCUUUCAGUUCUUUUGUAUUUUUUAGCCAUUUAUGUAUUUUUUUCCAA